CAACCAGGAGGUGAGUAGCUCACAACGACCAAUCAGGAAUCAGAGCUAGACCCGCCCACAAACGCUGAACACUGGAAGUGGGUGAUUUUGAAUCAGAGAAUAAUGGCUGAGAUUGAGGCAGAGGUUGAAACGAAGAAAAGCAAAACACUCAUCAUACGACAUCUACCCAAAGAACUUAACAGAGAUGAGAAGGAGGAUCUCCUGAAGUAUUUUGGUGCCUCCUCCGUCAGAGUGCAGUCAGACAAAGGACCCCUAAAACAUACGGCAUUCGCAAGUUUUAGCAGUGAAGCUUCAGCGUCAAAGGCACUGAACAGACUUCAUCAGCUGAAAAUCCUUGGUCACACGCUUGUCGUUGAGUUUGCAAAGGAUCAGGACAAUGUCACUGUAUUGAAAGACCCACCUGUUUCUGACAGUGGAGCUGAUACCCGAGCAGAGAAGGGAAAGGAAAAACAGCAACACAACGUUCCUCUGGUGGACAACAGCAUUGCUCCAAAUCUGGGGUUGAAAUUUCAAAGAAAUCCGACGCUGAAAUAUUUUUACCCUCCUCCUUCAAGUGGGAUUUUGACAAACAUUGCACACACGCUUCUCAGUGUGCCCAAGUUCUACGUUCAAGUUCUUCACCUGAUGAAUAAAAUGAACCUCCCUUCCCCAUUUGGUCCAGUGACGGCUCCUCCUCCAAUGUUUGAGUUGCCCCCAGGCCCUUUGCCGCCCAUGCCCCCACCCUACCCUCCAGAGAACCCCCCGCUUCCAGAGGAGGGGGCGUCGGGUAGCGACGAAUCUGAGUAUGAGAGCGGAGAUGAUGAAGACAAAGAAAGGAUGAUCAGACUGAUGGGUCUUGUGAACCAGCCAUGCAAAAGACAGAUGAGAGCAAAGGCUUCUUCUAAGAGGAAGAAACCUCGAUUAAAGGAUCUCCUGUUUGUUCCCAAACCUGAUAUUCAUGGCGCCUCAGGCCCAGUCUUGCAGCCAGAAGACGUGUUCGAACAACCUCAAUCACUAGGACAGAAAAAGAUUGAGUUUCAUAUAUCAGCGGAGGGGUCCUCCGUCCUCGAGGGGCCCGAACAGGAUCAGGAGCCGCAUUUCACAGAUACUGAAGACACGGCUAAGACGGAGGCUCCCGUUCAGGAAGCUACAGAAGGGUUCGGAAAGAUCUACCCAAGCGCUCAGGUCCCCAGACAAGAGGAAGAUAUGGAUGAAGAUGAAGACAUACCCUCCGAGUUCAUCUCCAGGAGAGAGCUAGAGAGAGGCAGACUCUCUCGAGAUGAGAUAAAGAAAUUGUCUGUGUUUAAGAAGUACGAACCCGGAGAACCUACCUGCAGGCUUUACGUAAAAAAUAUUGCAAAGCAAGUUGAAGAAAAAGAUCUAAAGUUCAUCUACGGCCGGUAUAUCGACAUCUCCUCAGAGGAGCAGAGAAACAUGUUCGAUAUUGUGUUGAUGAGAGAGGGGCGGAUGAAAGGCCAGGCUUUCGUCGGCCUGCCAAGCGAGAAGAGUGCAGAGAAAGCCUUGAAGGAAACCAAUGGAUAUGUUCUCCAUGACAAACCUUUAGUAGUGCAAUUUGCCCGAUCUGCAAAACCUAAACCAGAAUCUGCCAAUCCAACAAAAGGAGGAAAAAAAUCCUAAACUGGUGGGAAAGAGGACACAUUCAGAUAUCGAUGUUGCAUCAUAGUACCUCAGUCAUGAGUCUACAGGAAGUUCAACUUUACAUCAUAUCCUUUAAAAUAUCCUUUGCAGAUGUUGUGCGCAAGUUUACAUUAAAUUAUACGCAUGGAUAAAAGGGUAUAGGAAAAUGUUAUCUUUAAAAGGACACUCCACUUUUUUCAAGCUCCCCUAUAGUUAAACAUUUGAUUUUUCCCGUUUUGGAAUCCAUUCGGCUCAUCUCCAGGUCUGGCGCUACCACUAUUAGCAUAGCUUAGCAUAAUCCAUUGAAUCUGAUUAGACCAUUAGCAUUGCGCUAAAAAAUAACCAAAGAGUUUAGAUAUUUUUUCUAUUUUAAACUUGACUCUUCUGUAGUUACAUUGUGUACCAAGACAGACAGAAAAUUAAAAGUUGUGAUUUUCUAGGCAGAUACUCUUUGGUUAUUUUUUUUGCG